AUGUCUUCCAGGCCCAUCCACCCAGACCUCGAGAAUGCAAGCCCGCCAAGAUCCUCGUCAUGGCUUGCCUCCGCCUUUGGAGGAAGAAAUCUCGUGAUCGGCCCGCGCAUCGAACCGCUCCCCAACGACAAUCUACCCAAGACGAUCCACGACAGCGACAGUCAGACGGCUGAUCUUGUGGACACGCAGUCCGACUCUGAAGUGGGCAACACCAUCCAGUACCGGACAUGCUCUUGGCAAAAGACGGCCGGUCUUCUGUUCAGCGAGUACAUUGUGCUCUCCAUCAUGAGCUUUCCUUGGUCGUACAGCCUACUCGGUCUCGUCCCUGGCUUGAUCCUCACGGCCGUGAUCGCCGGUGUUGUGUUAUACACCAGCUUGAUUCUGUGGGAGUUCUGUCUGCGACACCCCGAGGUUAGAGACAUCUGCGAUAUUGGGCAGAUACUCUUCUGGGACAAAAAAUGGGCGUGGUGGUGUACAGCCGUCAUGUUCACCCUUAAUAACACCUUCAUUCAAGCCCUCCACAUCCUAGUCGGCGCCAUCUACCUCAACACCAUGACCGUGUCCGAUCCAAUCCGGGCAUGUCGCACUGUCGCAUUCGCAAUCGUCGUCACGUCCAUCAGCUGGCUAGGCUCGCUCCCACGCACGUUCGAUAUGAUGGCCAAAAUCGGCGCCAUAUCAACAUUCUUCACCUUCAUCUCCGUCAUCCUGGCCACGGCAUUUACGGCUGCCCAGGGCGAGCCGGCGGGAUAUCCUUCACUGGGGGAACCAAUCAUUUCCAUCUGGACGCCAAAGACCACCACUCUCGUGACGGGAAUGUCGGCCUUCCUGAACAUCAGCUUCACAUUUAUGGGGCAGCUCACGCUCCCCAGCUUCAUUGCGGAAAUGCGCGAGCCCCGAGACUUUCCCAAAGCUUUGUGGGUUUGUACGAUCGCUGAGAUCAUCACAUUCAGCGUCGUCGGCACCGUCAUCUACGUCUACACCGGCAAUCAAUACAUGGUGACCCCAGCCUUUGGUGCCCUGGAAACCGUCUACAAGAAGGUGUCGUAUUCCUUCAUGGUUCCGACAAUAGUAUUUGUUGGGUGCCUUUACGCCUCUGUCACUGGCCGAUUCAUCUUCUUUCGAAUGUUCCAGGACUCCCGUCACCUCACCGAGCACACCUUCAAAGGCUGGUUCUGGUGGGUAUUUGUUCUACUCAUGACCUGGGUGUUUGCCUUUCUCAUCUCUGGGAUCAUUCCUUUUUUCGAGUCAUUGCUGUCUGUCAUGGCAUCGCUAUUCAACUGUUGGUUUGGCUUCAUCUUCUGGGGUCUUGCCUACUUUCGCAUGAGGAACGCAGAUCAAAGGGUGGGCAAGGCACGAAAGUCUCUCCUUGAUUACAUGUCGAUCGUUUUGAACGUCACCCUCAUCUUGAUCGGCUUCUUGUAUCUCACCUUGGGUACAUACGUGAGUGUGCAAGGCAUCAUCGAUCAGUUCAAGGAAGGAAACGUGAGCGGAGUUUUCUCAUGCAGGAGUAACGGUUUGUAG